UCAGACUCAGUAUGUGAUGGUAGUGAGGAAGAAGAGGUUGUGCUAGCGAGUGUAUGUGUUAAUUUUAGUGUAAAUAUUGGACUAUAUGUUGAGUUCUAAGGAAUUAUUAAGUAUUUGUGCCUAAAAACAAUGGGAUUAUGUAUCUACCAAUGGUUAUGCCUGCUAGUCACGUUCUGGCUGAAAGUAGAAGGUUCUGCACUAAGUGAAUAUGUGAGCCGGUAUGAGGUGCUUCGAUAUGAUUCGGAUCCUGUCCAUCGGCAACAUCACCGCCUUAAGCGGUCGCUCGAUAACAACGAAGAGCUAACCAUAUCAUUCGCGUCACAUGGACGAUCUUUCCACCUGCGUUUGAAGAGAGAUACGCAGACUAUAAGUCCAAUAGUCAAAGUAGAAGUUCCAGCCAAGAUUGAAGCUGGACUAGAUUUUAGUCACGUUUAUGAAGGAACCCUAGCAGAUGACCCCAAUUCACGUGUUUGGGGGAGCAUCCGAGAUGGGGUUUUUGAGGGUGUGAUUGAAAGUGACCAUGAUGGCACUUAUUAUGUGGAACGUGCCCACAAGUAUUUCAAGGGCCACAAUGCCACUAGGUCGGGCUUCCACUCCUUGAUCUACCAUGACAGGCACGUGGAAGACCCUUAUGCACGAUUACGCACAGGCCAUAAAUCUGGUUGUGGUGUGACGGAUGAUGUGGCUGCCUGGAUGGACAGCGUUCAAAAUUCUGCAGACCCAAAGGAGGAGAUGGAAGAGGCCGCAAGACGCUUUCUACAAACCCCUGCCCAUCUUCGUAGUCAGUACAAGUACAAACAAUGGCUGGAUAGCAAUGAUGAGUAUAAGACCGCUGAAGAGCAUGAUUUUGGCAGUGCAUUUCAUCUGAUGGAGGACUACCACAAUAAGUAUAGCGAAGAAGCCAAUCAACACCGCAGUAAGAGAGCUAUUGGCCUCGGGGUUGGUGAGGAUAAUAAGGGGACCUGUUCUCUUUCUAUCCAGACUGACCCAAUGCUUUGGCAUCAUAUUUAUAAACAGGAGGAAAAUGAUCCCAUUAAAACAAGAGAUGAGAUCACAGCUAUGAUAUCACAGCACAUAAAAGCAAUCAACAAUAUAUAUGCCAAUGUCAAGUUCAACGGAAAGUACAAACAUAGGAACAUCAGAUUUGAAGUUCAGAGAAUAAAGAUUGAUGAUGAUGAACCAUGUCGUCCUCAUUAUCAGGGAGAGUCAAACAAAUUUUGUAAGGCCAAUGUUGAUGUAAGCAACUUCCUUAAUCUACAUUCCCAGAAGAAACAUGAUGAGUUUUGCUUAGCAUAUGUGUUCACGUUUCGUGACUUUACUGGUGGAACUCUUGGAUUGGCAUGGGUGGCAUCACCAUCAGGGGCAUCUGGAGGUAUCUGUGAAAAGUAUAAAACGUAUACUGAAAAUCUUGGUGGAUUCCGUCAUUCAGAAAAGAGGUCUUUAAAUACUGGCAUCAUCACAUUUUUAAAUUACAAUUCACGGGUCCCACCAAAGGUAUCACAGUUGACUUUGGCUCAUGAGAUUGGACAUAAUUUUGGAUCUCCUCAUGACUUUCCUGAAAUCUGCAAGCCAGGUGGCUUACAAGGAAACUUUAUUAUGUUUUCCUCAGCCACAAGUGGAGAUCGUCUGAAUAACGACAAAUUCUCUCCAUGUUCCGUUCGAAAUAUAUCCCUUGUUUUAGAUGCAAUAUCAGAAAAGAGAAGGACAAACUGCUUCUCCACUAACAAUGGUGCUUUCUGUGGCAACAAGAUUGUAGAGGAAGGAGAGGAAUGUGAUUGUGGUUAUGAUGAUGAUGAGUGUGAGGAGUCUUGUUGCUACCCUCUGAAAAUCUCUAACCAUGACAAGUACCUUAAUAGUUCUGCCAAACAGUGCACAAGACGAAAUAACACUCAGUGCAGUCCAAGCCAAGGACCAUGCUGUGAUAGGAACACCUGCACUUAUGUACAGGGAAAACAGUGUCAUUCAGACACGGACUGUGAAUUCUCAGUGAAGUGUAAUGGGAGGAUGCCCACUUGCCCAACACCUAAGAAGAAAGAAGACCACAAGGAAUGUAAUGAGGGAACAAAGGUGUGCCUGAAAGGAAAAUGUACGGGCUCUAUAUGUCUGGCACAGGGCAUGACUGAAUGCUUCCUUACAUCAGAUAGAGUUCAGGAUAAGAAGAAACUCUGUGAGAUAGCAUGCCAAGUGGGUAAUGACACAUCCACUUGCAAAUCGACAUCAGAGCUUCAGCAUCUUUUUAGUGAACCAGUCUUUAUGAGGCCAGGAGCACCUUGCAACAACUUCCAGGGAUACUGUGAUGUCUUCCAAAAAUGCAGAGCAGUUGAUGCUGAAGGACCUUUAGCCCGUCUCAAAAACUUGCUUUUUAAUCAAGAUACAUUAAACAGUGUUGCAGAGUGGAUCACGCAAUAUUGGUAUGGAGUUCUGCUCCUUGGAGUAGGUUUUGUUGUCUUCAUGGGUGUAUUCAUAAAAUGUUGUGCUGUGCACACCCCAUCCAGCAAUCCACGAAAACCACCAGCAAGGUCCAUAACAGAAACAUUACGCAGGCCUGUCAAUACUUUGAGAAGAGUUAAACGGCACCGGCAGGGACCAGGCCCCAGUGGCAAUCAACUUCCUGGUCCAAGUCAUCACCACCACCACCACCACCAUAAUCAGCCAGGUCCUUCCAGACCAGGAGGGAGCAGAGAAGGAGAACGUCCAAAGGCCGCUGCAUCCAAACGUUCAAGCAGGGCAUACAGUGAUGACCCUCCUCCCCCUUAUCCUGGAAAUCCCAGACAACCAUCAACUCCAGGAAGUUCCAUAGCUCCAAGCUCACGGGCUGGACCAACCCGGCAUGGUUAUGGGGAGGGACGAGGGCACUAUAAUAGGCCCAAAGGCGGCAGACGACACGAGAAUUCUGCUGUAUAGUGUAAGCUUCAGCCCCACCACUGGAGUGACCUUGUGAUAAUAUUGGUAUAAGUGGCCACCCUGUGGGGCUCUAUACUCAGCCUUCCUCAGUGCUGCCAACGUGUCCCCUUGUACUCUGUCCCCAACAUAAAGAACAACAUUAAUUUGGCCCAGUACCUAUCCAGUUUUCUUACUAUCGUGUGUGUCAUGUCAGAUAGGCUAGUUUUUAGGGUAGAUCAACCAAAAAUUUUAAAAACUCAUAUCACACAACAAUUUAAGAAGGCUCAAGUUUUAGGUAAUCUUUAGAGCUGAGGUAUCAAUUGGGCUAGAAGCCUGGUUGCUGAAGCUUUAGAUAGUGUUUAGAUGUAGAAGGUUUAGGGUAGGAUUUAGUUAACCUUUUUAAUAGAUGUAGGUUUCAGUUCAGAUUGACUGGUCAUAGUAUGGAAUUGGAUAUGGUAUACAAGUGGUCAGGAGUUAUCACAAUCAUGAAUUAAUCAAAGAACUACAGUGUACUGUCAAAUGUUGAAAGUAAACAAAUGACUGAUGUUCCAAGGAAGGGUGAAGAAGGUGGCAAUAGAAAGUUUGUAUUUAUAAUAGAAGUACCCUUGUUAUGAUUGAUAAGUAUCAAAGUGAUAUUGAUAAAGGGGCUGGCUGACAGACUGACUUUUGACAACAUUUUGUUGUUGUUAUUGUUGCAUGGCCUGGAUAAGGAGCCCAGUCUACUGUUGACUCUGAAGUUAGGCCUUAGUGAGUUUAUGCUGAUAAUCUGUUAUACUGGAUAAGGCAUGUGGAAAAAAGUUCAGUGGAAUUAUUUAUAGUGAGGCAGUUUUGAUGUAUUCAUUAAGUGUUUUAUUGACAUUUCAAAACAAAGAAAAUAGUGGAAUGGUCUUGCUGGUAGAUGACAUUAUAAUUGUGAUGAGAAUUGUGGUGCUCUGAAAAUGUCUUACAAUGACUGGAGGAACGGAACACUGGAUACUUUACAAAGGAUGAGCAAGUCUUCAUGGACUUUGCAAAUCCACCUGAUACACUCAUGUAGAAAACACAGCUAUUUCAUUAGGAUACAACUCAUGUAUGUUUCAUAGAAUCAUCAUAUUGGUAGUGACACCAUUUAUAUUUUCUUUAAUAUAAAGUUGACAUUUUUAAUAAGGUAUAAAAAUUUUAUUACUGACUUUUGUGUUCACUAUAAGGCACUAUGCCUAAAGUCUAAUAUCAUUCCUUUAUUCAUGCAUUUAUGAAAGAAACAAAAUGAGGUUCUAUAAGCUUUUUCAUAUUCUUGUCAUUUGAUUUAAUAAUAUUGUGGUACAAGAAUUGUAUAUGAACUUAGCAUUAAAAGAAACUAUACCCAUACAAUAGCAGUUGCUCAGUCUGGGCUCCCACACAUUCAUAUGGGUAUAGUAAGCGGAAUUUACUUUUUUCUUUUGUUUUUUUUUAUAGUUAUAUGGUUGUACUGUUACUGAAAAAUAAGUCUUGGCUCUCAGGUUGGAGAGGACAUGAUUGUUUAUUCAUGUCUUCUUUUUUAUUUUUUUAAGUUUUAAAAUGAAUGAUUUUGCCAUAUAAACACCAAGGCACUCUCCAGUUAGCUUUUUGGUAGCCAUUUGUGAUUAUCUGUUUACCAAGAAGUAUUCAUACACUUUAUUUACAAUUUGUUGAAGAAGUUUCCAUACUUUUUGUAUUCUUGUAAUGAUAGGACUUGCCUUGGAGUAUAAUUUAUGAUUUCUAAUCAUUGAUAUUGAAUCCCCUUGGCACUUUUGCAUGGAAAUGGUCUUUUAUCUUCCAUCUGCCAUAAGUACAGGUAAUCAUAAUCUUUUUAGUUCAUCAAUUAGUUUUAUCACUUAUUGGUGAAUUCUGGAAGUAUAUUUGGAUAUAUUUAGUGUGCUGAUGUGAUAUGAAAUCUUGGCAAAUGUAAACCUGGGUUUUGUUAUAUUUCAGUGAUUUAAUUGCUGUUUUGGUUCAAUCCUGGAUUUACAGCGUUUUAAGCUGUUGCUACAGUUACCAAUACAGCCUUUUUUUAUUGUGGAGAUUUUUUUUUAUUAUAAGGAUAAUUAAAUUUUUCAAAAUGGAGUGCAUUUGAUGUUCUUAUAUAGAGAAAUCUGCAUUCCCUAAUGUAACGUUUAUAUAGUGUAUGUGUGUAAGCCAAGGAGGACAGUUUUUAAAACAAUACUUACAGACUCACAGUGUGAAGAAAGAUGCAUUCAUGUUAAACAUUUAGCUGUGUGCACUGUGUCAUGUAGCAUUAAGUAUAUUUCCUUUUAGUCGGUUGUUAUCCUUUCACAUUUUAUACAUUGGGAGGGGGGAUAGUUACAGCUGUUAUGUAAUAUUUCUUAUUCUGAGUACCUAUUUAAGAUUGUGAUGUUUAAGCAGAGACCCCUUUCUUUUCACUCUUGAUAAAAGAUUCAGUAUUACAUAUAAAGGAAUAUAGUUUGGGACCCAGAUUAUGUAUAUUUAUGUAUGAAAAAUUUUAAUUUUUAUUUCACAUCUUUUGUUCUUGGAAAUAAGUUGUAUCGUAUUUGAAGUUUUAAGGAUAACAUAAUGCCAUACCAUUUCAGCAAUUCAUAUUUCAAACUUAUAUUUUUAUCAUUCCAAAGACUUGUAAGGACCAAAGAUUUUUAAAGCUUAAUCUUUAAUAUUAUUUUAUCUUACUGUGUGACUUUGUGCAUAAUCCAUUUUUCUUGAAUAUCAGGAGCUCAUGCAGGUAACAUUGUUAUAUCAUCUGUGUAUUUUCUAAUGUCUUUUUGGAAGGGAAGAAAAGAAAAGGACAUGGAAUCUAUUACCUAUUUUUAAAUGUAUCCAAGUUUUGCACUACUUUGAUUAGUUGACUGUGGUUUAUCAUAUACUUGAACCAGUAAAAUGAAGGGGCCAUGCAUGGGAAAUGAUGGUCUACAGUAUAUUAGUUCUAAAUCGAAUGUUGAAGUCACAAUUAUAAUUUGCAUUUCAAAAGUGUGGCAUUGGAGAUAAAUUAAUUUUCCUGUGGACAUCAAAAAUAAUUGUGUAUAUGCACCAAUUAGCUGCAGGUUACUAAGCUUGUGAAACUGUCAAGCAGUGUUGCAGAGAGGAUACAUUUUCUUGCAGUUGGGUUGUUGGGUACUGUAUACCUUUACUUUUAUUUUUUUAAUAAAGGAAUAAAGGAACAAUCUCUUAUGAUAAGUUUAUUUGUAAAAUUGGAAUUUUGUCCAUAAUUAAAAAUAUAACAUGAAGGCUAAAUCAACAUAUUUUAAAAAGGCAAACCAUUAAUGUAUGUUUUGCUGAAAAAUAGUUUUUUUAUAUAGAGAUUGAAAGCCUUGUACGUACUGUAGUUUUUAAUUGGAACAACAGGUGAACAUUGCAUCACAUCUUUAUGAUCCAGUUAUCUUUUAAGCUCUGGUAGCCAUGCAGUUGUUUUGCAGUGUUUAAGUACACCAGGUAAAUUUUAUUCAGAAAAAAAGGAGGAUGAAGGUGUAAGAAAGACAUCAUUUAUGUGAACUAUAAUACUACUAAAAUGAAAGUGAACAAGAUUUUAAUCUCGUAAAAAUUUAGAAAUUCUAAUCAUUUAGACUGGAAAAUUUUCUUUUUAAUAGUGCCAUUUUACUAGAUUUCCAGUCAUAAGAUAUGAAUGUAUGUUAAAAUCAGAUUUUGUGAAACACUGGGCAUUAAAAAAGACAGGAAGUACAUGUAUUGUUGUGCCACAAAAGCUUGGUUUUUCUAUUAUAUUUAGGGUCUUUGUAACCCAUUGUAAUUUUUGCUGCAAAAUUGUCAUGAUUUAUAAUCACAAUAUAGUUUGCUUUGGCUUUACCAAAUUAAUGUUUUUUUACCUUCUGAUGUUUUAUGGAUGACAAUUAAUAGAGGAAAAGCUAAUGGAGUUUAGGACCACUUACCUCAUGCCAUGUUGAUUAUGCUAUCAAAAACAAUUGUGAAUUUAAUAGACUGUAAAUGUUAAAUAUGCCUUAAUCUCUAUGUUGCUUACAUCAUUUUAAUCUUAAUUUUGCUGAAUGGAUGGGUCAUAAUAGUCCCCUAUUGCUAUAACAAACUCCAGUACCAAUUUAUUUGAAGUAAAUAUGUAUAGAUAUAUUCCAUGAUCAUUUAUUUUGUUUAAAAGCUAUCUUUGUCAUACAUAGUGUUUACAUGACGCACUUGGACAUGAAGUAGGUUAAAAUAUGUUUGUAUAUGAUAUGUAGUUUGAUAAUUGUUAUUGUCAUUAUUACCACUUAACAUGAGUGACAUCUUUUUUUUAUGGAGAUCAAUGUAAUUUCAUCACUAUGUUUAAUAAAUAAACGAUGUGUGCUUUUUA